GUGAGGCAGCUGCUCCCAUCUGAUCUUCUUUUUCUUUUUCCUCGCAUUAUUAUCGUGAUGGUUAAAGGCAACAAUGACAUCUUCUAAUUCACCGAAUCAUCUCUCUCUACGUAAAAUUUUACCGCUUCCGAGUAAAUCACGAAACAGAAAGACUUCAAGAAGCAGACAAAGUUCGGACCCCAGAUCUUCCUCUAGUGGUGAGGCAGACGAACAUGCUGCAACACCAGAGAGUUCAAAAGAUGAGUCCUCAACUGUAGACCAUCGGAUUGAAAGAAGCCACAGCCCAAAAUCACAAGUUGGCCCUGUAUCUGUCACAACUCUAGUCGUAUCAAGAGUUCGUACAGAGAGCGCCGUAACUCCCGAAACUUUGGAGAGAGAACAAAGCCAAGACACAUCAACUCGAAACGGAGAUUUAAAGAAUUUUGUGACGCCAGACCAUGAAUUGCCUCAACCCCUACAUACACUAGAGACGGAAGAAAAAAUUACAACUAGCGAUGGCUCAGAAAAUCUCCCUGAAGUCGUGGAAGACUCUCACCAUCCAUUUUCCUCUGAUGGUAUUGAAGUGCGGGGUAGUACCAGCCCGCAAAUCAGUCACUCCCGAAGAUCGUCCGAAGCCUCAUCUGCUAAUAGCGAAUCGUCAAACGAAGACGUAAAAUACGCGGUUGAAGACGAAAAGGCACCACUCGAACCCUAUUUUACCGAAGAAUUCCAAUCCCUUCUUGGAAGGAGCUACGAUAUUGCACUUCAAGUGGCCAAUGAACUGGGAAAAUUAGAGAAUGUCUUUGGAGAAGAUAUUGAUUUUCGAAGACUAUUAAACGACUCAAAAGGACUGAGCGCACGCGAUAUAUCGAGUACGAGAACCAUUGCUAUAUUAGGCGCAUCAGGAGAAGGAAAGAGUAGUCUAAUAAACUCGCUUCUACAUGUGACAGAACUGGCGAGAACCAGCGAUGAGGGUUCUGCUUGUACUUCCGUUGUCACAGAGUACAGGCAAAGGAAAAGUAGUACCCUCGAACCGUUUUCGGUCGAGGUAGAGUAUCUUUCUAAACCAGAGCGUCAAGAGAUGGUAGAAGAGUUGUUGUGGAGUUAUCGACAGUUGUUUCUUCCAGAUUCAGAUAAUGAAGGUAAUAAGCUUGAUUCUGAUGAACAGCAACGUAUCGAAAGAGAAUCUGCAGUAGCAUGGUCGGCUCUUGAGGCAGUGUUUAGCCAACAAGAAGAGUUCAGUAUCGAUUUCAUGAACGAUAAGUCGAAAGGCGCAUUUGAGAGGAUCAAGAACCAACUGUUAAAAUGGAUGCAAAAAAUAGAGUUUCCUGCAGAUGAUGAGUCUGGUUUAUGGACAGCUUGUGCGCAUGAUUCUGAUGAAUGUCAAGAACUGACCAGUGUCUUCAUGGCGGAUAAGCUUUGGCCAUUCACCAAGAUAAUUCGCGUCUAUCUUGAUGCUGAAGUGCUGAAAACAGGCGUUGUUCUCGCAGAUCUGCCAGGUUUACAAGAUACCAAUUUGGCGCGUGUUCGAGCAACACAGAAAUACUUGCAGAGUUGUGACCAUGUGUUCAUCGCAACCAGAAUUUCGAGAGCAAUUACCGAUGCAACUCUAAAGUCAGCAUUAUAUAGUGAGCUUAAACGCCAUGUUCCGCUUGCGUGGGAGGAAUCGGGAGGCACCAAUAUCAAUUUCAAAUUGGCCGUUAUAUGCACAAGAUCAGAGGAUAUCAACCCAAAAACGGCAAAGAGGACUUUUGUUGGCAAUGGAAAAGAGAUAUCUCUGAUCGAAAUGAAAUCAAUUGAAAAAGAUAUCGAUAACGCGAAGCGUAUGGGUGACAAAGACCUAAAAGCCUACCUUGAACGCAAAAAGUUGUGGCUUUUUAUCGAAGCUCGAAACCGGCAUGUUACCAAGGGACUCCAAGCCGCGUAUCGACAAAAGACCAUCAACGGCCAUCUAGAUGUUUUUUGUAUAUCAAACACAACAUAUGAGGACUAUGUAGAGGAAGGAGACAAUGAAAUGAUCCAAAAGAGUGGCAUUCCAGAACUCCGUCGCUUUUGUCGAAAGAUAACUGCUAGUGCACAACUUAUGCAGGCACUGCAUUUCAUGCGGUCAACCGUACCAAGCUUAUUGAAUUCAAUUACGCUUUGGUUAGAUUCAGUUCAAAUAAAUGCUCAAGUACAGGAUGAUGGUACGAAGACGGUGGUCUUGGACUGCUAUGAGCGUUCCAGAAAUGAGGCCAUUGCAUCGAUCAGGAAAUACAAUAGGGAAUUCCGAAAUGCCUUACAGAAUGACAUACUUCGCUUCUUUAAUAGGGAAACUGUACAUUGGGAAGCUACUGCGACAAAGAGGGCGGAAGUAUGGUCUGAAUGGCAUCAUCAAUCAUACAACGCGUGGUGUAGAAACAACGGAGAGCACACCACUGCUACACGGAGUUAUAGAAAUUGGAACGCAGAAAUUGUCGAAAGGAUGAGAGUGGAGCUGAAAAUGAAAUGGGACCUUCUUGAAGAAAAGAUUCCAAUAAAUAUGGAGAGCCUCUUACAAGAACUCAAAGAUCAACUUCAGAAUUUGGAGACCCAAAUUGAAGGGCAAGGUAGAUCAACCCCGAUGCAGUAUGGAAUCGACUUUCGCAUACAAGACCUAGAAUACAAUUUGGGUCUCAUACAACAGGAAUUUGAGAGAGGAUUAAGAAAAAUUCGACAGCACGUUGAAGAACCAAAUGCUUCGUCCUUUGUUGUUGAGGAAAUGGUUUCAGCUUAUCGUGAAGCCGGCAGUCAAGGGGGUAGAGGCAUGAAAGCACGACAAAUAUCAAUUAUUUCGAAUCAAGUCAAUGGCGGCACAAUGUUCCCUAAUAUAUCUGCUAAACUGCGUCAAGAAGCAGUCACCUUGAUCGAAUACGAAUUCAACAAACUCAAACUGGAAUUGGAUGAAACUUAUGAUUUGAUACACAAAGACAUUGAUAUGUCAAUUGCUAAGAGGCCGCAACCCCAAAACUCUGCUGCUACGAGCAAAGGCAAAGAGUUGGUAGUAAGACUUGCAAAAAGGCUUAAUAUCCUAAAAUCGAAGUACGAUGAAAUUCUGCGCGUUUAGGAGAGCAAAGUGGGAGCUGAGGGAGGUAUCACAUGCUUUAUUGAUGAUAGUUUGUGAUAGAAUUGCAAUAAUUUAUGUAGCCCUGUUGUUGGGCCCAAAUUGACGAAAUCUAAGUUAUGUAAUUUAUCUCUAUCAUUAUGUUACUAUUCGCACA